AUAUUUUGCAACAGGGAAGUUGUGACAUCCUUUGUUCUAACUGAACUCCUCCUCCUUCCUCACCUGAAAAAAGCGUGCCACUCAUCCUGUUUUAACGUGUCUAUAGGAUCACAUUAUACCUAUAACUUUUAGAUUAACACGAUUAUGUCUGAUAUGUUUUCGUUUUUCGUUGUAUCCCUAUGUGCCCACCAUGGAUAUCCGAAAGUUGGUAUUUUAUAGAGGUCGCAAAGUGUGUUUAAUGGCGGCAAUUUACAACUAAUAUUGUCGUAUUAACUGUUCAUGCGUUAUAACUGGUAUUCCCUUGCGUGUAUUGCUCAACUGCUGUCACUCCUCGUUAUGAACUUUUUCUCCACUAAAAGUUGCGUUUGUUUGCAAACAAAGGACAGCCACGUGGAGAACUAUAGGCGCUUGGGAAGUGAUGUUUCUCAUUGAGCAAAAAGCAAGCGCCAACUUUCCAUAUGAACUUCAUUACCCACAAUGCAUCAGCAACACCAGUUGAGUGGGUGCAGUGGGCUGGAUGUUUUUCUUUUUUUUCCCCUGACAAGUAUAUAUGGCUUCUGUGUUUACAGUUAGCUAGUUAGAACCCUUUGUUUUUGUCAUCACCCCAAAGUCAAAAUGUCCCGGCUGUAUAACAGCCUACUUUGUGUCCCAUAGCUAUUCGAGGUCAGAUGUUGUAAAGGAUACUAAUAAACCUUUUUCAGAAAACAGAUUUAUUUUCCUUAGUACUUUUUGUUUUUUUCCACCGCUUGUAACUGAAGAGGAAGCUUCAUCUGGAGACUUCUUCCUAAGGUCAUUGUAAAGUUAAGAGAAGGUCUACAUUGAAGGUAGCAGCCAUGGUGUUGAUUCUGGGCAGACGAAUGAACAGAGAGGACUCUGGGAUCAGAGACUCACCAGCUGUCAAACGCAAGGUGUUUGAGGUUGACUCCAAAACCUUAGCCAGCCAGGAUGUCUUGGACUUCUGUUCUGGCUCAUCCCACUCAGAGGGCAUCCUGCAAGUAUUCAAUGAGUUUCGUGACUGCCGCCUAUUCACUGACGUGGUCAUCAGCGUGCAGGGCCGUGAGUUCCCCUGCCAUCGUGCUGUGCUCUCUGCCUGCUCUUCCUACUUCAGAGCCAUGUUCUGCAAUGAUCACCGCGAGAGCCGCGAGAUGCUGGUGGAGAUCAACGGCAUCCUGGCUGAGGCGAUGGACUCCUUCCUCACCUAUGUUUACACCGGCCGCGCUAAGAUCACCACUGAGAAUGUCCAGUUCCUCUUUGAGACCUCCAGCCUCUUCCAGAUCACCACACUGCGUGACGCGUGCGCAAAGUUCCUGGAAGACCAGCUUGACCCUUGCAACUGCCUGGGCAUCCAACGCUUCGCCGAUGCCCAUUCCCUGAAGCAGCUAGCCAGCCGCUGCCGCAGUUACGCCCUGGCCAACUUCUCAGAGGUGGCUCAGCAUGAGGAGUUCCUUGACCUACGCAGGGAAGAGCUGGAAGAGUACAUCUGCAGUGAUGAGCUGUCCGUCGGUAAGGAGGAGGUGGUAUUUGAGUCGGUGAUGCGAUGGGUGUACCACACUGUGGAGCACAGGAAGCCCAUGCUGAAGGCCCUGCUGCACCAUGUGCGCCUGCCCCUUCUGCACCCCAACUACUUUGUCCAGACAGUGGAGGGGGACCAGCUCAUCCAGAAUGCUCCAGAGUGCUACCAGCUUCUCCACGAGGCCAGGCGCUACCACGUGCUAGGAAAUGAAAUGAUGUCACCCAGAACCCGUCCACGCAGGUCGACUGGCUACUCUGAGGUGAUUGUGGUGGUUGGGGGUUGUGAGAGGGUGGGAGGCUUCAACCUGCCCUACACUGAAUGCUAUGAUCCAGUAACAGGAGAGUGGAAAUCACUGGCCAAACUUCCCGAGUUCACCAAGUCAGAGUAUGCUGUCUGCGCCCUCCGCAACGACAUUCUGGUGUCAGGUGGUCGUAUCAACAGCAGGGACGUGUGGAUGUAUAACUCUCAACUUAACCUGUGGAUCAGAGUGGCUUCUCUUAACAAAGGCCGCUGGAGACACAAGAUGGGCGUCCUACUGGGCAAGGUCUAUGCUGUAGGUGGCUAUGAUGGACAGAGCCGCCUGAGCAGUGUGGAGUGUUAUGACUCCUUCUCAAACCGCUGGACAGAGGUGGCUCCAAUGAAAGAGGCAGUCAGCUCUCCAGCUGUAGCCAGCUGUGCCGGCAAGCUCUUUGUCAUAGGAGGAGGGCCAGACGACGACACUUGUUCAGACAAGGUCCAGUGCUAUGAUCCAGAGACAGACUCUUGGUUACUACGGGCCAACAUCCCCAUCGCCAAGCGCUGUAUCACAGCAGUGUCCCUCAACAACCUGAUAUAUGUGUGUGGGGGUCUCACCAAGUCCAUAUUCUGCUAUGACCCCGCAGAGGAUUACUGGAUGCAUGUGGUACAAACCUUUAACAAACAGGAGAGCUGUGGCAUGUCAGUGUGUAACGGUAAGAUCUUCAUCCUUGGUGGCAGAGGGGAAAAUGGCGAAGCGACAGACACCAUCCUGUGUUACGACCCGUCAACAGGCAUCAUCACAGGAGUGGCAGCCAUGCCGCGGCCUAUCUCUUACCAUGGCUGUGUAACCAUCCACCGUUACAAUGACAAGUACCACAGGCUGUGACCAUAAACCAACACAGACAGACAGACACACACACACUCAUAUGAGUGCGCACACUAAAGAACUUAAACUCUUUGAAACUUGGGCUAUUCAAGUUCACCCCAUGCCCAGCACAAACACAAUCACACACUUCUUUCGAGCAGGUAUAUAGUUGAGCUGAUUUAUUUUCUCACAGCAUCAUGUAGCAAUAGUCAUUGUGAUGCUGUGAAUAUGUAGUUAUUGUGUGCCAUAGUUAUAGUUCUUCUGUGGAAGUUCUCAGUAGUUGAUAACCCUAAUAAAAUGGAGUCAGAUGGCAGAUGUGCCUUGCAUUAUUAGUAACGGCACAAGGUUGGGAAGUAAUGGAUCAUCAGAAAACCCCCUUAUAUAUGAUAGGACUUCGGAAAACUGAUUAUGAGAAUGGUCGUGGUUUAUAUUGUAAGAAUGAAUCAAUCAGAUUGCAAAUAUUUGUGGUAAACAUGGGCAAUUAGUUGUUGAAUUACCAAAAAAUAUUUUAAAGAAAAUAUGAGUGUAAAUUGUAAUAACAUCAGGCAAAGAAAAUGGUUAAUGCUGACUGUAGAGGAUGAUGAUCCUCUUGAACACUGAAUUCAAGUUUCUAUAUGACAAUUAGUUGUUUGCUUUCCUAACUCUAUGUUUUAGUUUUCUGUAACACUACUUUCACACUAACUGAAAAGCUUAUAAUUACAAGCAGGUGAUCAAUAAUUGAGCUACAUUUUGAAAGUGCCACUUCCCAACACUUGUGCUUUUAUCACUGUGCAAAGUAACAUCACCCUGAGAUGUAGGUCACUGAUGAGCUAUCACGAUCACACCUUGAGGCAAAAAUUGACAAGUUCCAUACAGAGCCAAGAGUUAUCUGCCAGCAGAAGAAACAUUAUAUGAAUUUAUUACCUGAUUAAAAUGUGGCGAACAGUCUGCAAGCUGCUCUGCCACAGUAUCAGUAGUCAUAAAAAAUAGUCACUCUCACUCGUUGAUAGAGAGUAGGGUUGAGAGAAGAGAUAAAGAGCAGAGGCUGAGUCAACAUAUUGGAACAUAUCCACUGUUAGCUUUUCUCUCUUGUUUCCUUUUUUCCCCCUCACAUCCCUCCACUUAUCAC